AGCCACAUGUAGACACAUUCCUGCCAGGACCUGGACCAAGCCCUCAGAGAUCUGCCUACUCUGGGGAGCGGUGCGGUGGGGCAGUGUUAGAGCUACCCUGCCCCUCCCCUCCCCCUAAAUCCUGUGUUUUUGGGAUUAAUAUCCCACCCCUGCUGGGGAGAGAGGUGGGAAGCAGAGAGGUGACAGGGAGCACUGAAGAGAUACUGUCCACAGCUCCUUAGAAACUGCCUCACACUGCAGCUCCCCUUUCUGGAGCUUAGACCCCAUUUCUUUUAAGGUGACUUGAGCUGGUAGCUGUGGCUUAAGUUUUUGCAAAUAUUUGGGCUGCGAUUUUCUUUUUUCUCUUCUCUCCAAAAAGACGGGGCUCAAGCUCCCCACAGCUGCCUUUCUUCUGUUCUUUCUGAGGAUUUUUGAUCCAUUUUAAACAUUUCUUUACACUGAGUCCUCCUAGAAGAUGGUAAAUGACAGAUGGAAAGCCAUGGGUGGAGCCCCUCAACUUGAAGACGGACAGCAGGAGAAAUCCCAGCGCAUGAGCUGUGGUUACAUCCUGUGCACUGUGCUGCUGUCUGUCGCUGUGCUGCUGGCUGUGACGGUCACCGGUGCCAUCCUCUUCAUGAACCACUAUCACACGCCAGUAACUGAGCCCCCUCCCGUCAUCAGCACCAACCCCGAUGAAGACAACAGUGCCCUGGUUACCAUUGAGAAGGCAGACAGCUCCCGAAUCAACAUCUUCAUUGACCCACGAUGCCCAGACCACGCUGACAACUUUGCCCGCCUAGAGGGAGCCCAGGCCUCUGUGCUUCGGGCCCUCACAGACCGAGAAACUGAGUUCAGGGCUGCUGGUGGUCGGGAACAAGCCCUGUUGGCUACACUGGCCAAUGAGGUCCCCAAGCUUUUGGCCCAGGCCGCUGAGCUCCAGGAGGACUGUGAGGGCCUUAAGAGGGGACAUGGCACCCUGGGCCAGGGGCUCAAUGCCCUGCAGAAUGAACAGGGCCGACUCAUUCAGCUCCUCUCAGAGAGCCAGAGCAACAUGGCCCACCUGGUGAGCUCUGUCAGUGAUGUCCUGGACACUCUGCAGAAAGACAGAGGGGCUUCACGUCCUCGGAUCAAGGCUGACCUGCAAAAAGUUCCUUCCAGGGGGGCCAGGCCUCGGGGCUGUUCUAAUGGCUCCCGCCCAAGAGAUUGUCUGGACAUCUAUGCCAGCGGCCAGCAGGAAGAUGGGAUUUAUUCUGUUUUCCCCACUCAUUACCCCUCAGGCUUCCAGGUCUACUGCGACAUGAGCACUGAUGGAGGGGGAUGGACGGUUUUUCAGCGUCGGGAAGAUGGUUCUGUCAACUUCUUCCGAGGCUGGGAGGCCUACAGGGAUGGCUUUGGCAAACUCACUGGAGAACACUGGUUAGGUCUCAAGAGGAUUCAUGCUCUGACCAUGCAGGCCACCUACGAGCUGCACAUAGACUUGGAGGACUUUGACAAUGGCACAGCUUAUGCCCACUAUGGAAACUUUGCUGUGGGGUUGUUCUCCGUGGACCCAGAGGAAGACGGCUAUCCCAUCACCAUCGCUGAUUACUCUGGCACUGCAGGUGAUUCCUUCCUGAAACACAAUGGUAUGAAGUUCACCACCAAGGACCAAGACAAUGAUCACUCAGAGAAUAACUGUGCUGCUUUCUACCAUGGGGCUUGGUGGUAUCGAAAUUGCCACACCUCCAACCUCAAUGGUCAGUACCUCAGGGGUCACCACUCCUCCUAUGCGGAUGGCAUCGAGUGGUCCUCCUGGACGGGAUGGCAGUAUUCGCUCAAAUUCACUGAGAUGAAGAUCCGACCAGUCAGAGACGAAAAGUAGACUGGCACCUACGGCCCCCACCCUAUCUUAUUCACUUCCCUCUUCUCCCACCCUUGUUAGUCUGCCUUCCAUUCUCUCCCCAAACUCUUAUGUUGUUUUGUCCAUGAGCCAGGGUGAACCGUCCUCCCGCCAGUGACAAUAUCACAGUGGUCCCUGCAGGCAAAGAGUUGAGAAAAACCAGAGAUAAAGACUCUUCUCCAGGUUCAGAGAUGUAAAACUGUCCUCUGUAUCAGCUGGUGGGAGGUAAAUUUUGAAGGUGGAAAAAGUAAUAUAUAUGAGAGUGUUUAUAUAUAUAUAUAUAUGUACAUAUAUAUGUAUAUAUACACACAUAUUCACACACUGGUAGCUAUAUCUAGGUGUAAACGUAACUAUGAAGAUGACUUUAAGAUCCAUAUUUUAUUAUCUGCCCUAGAUUUUUACCCAUCCAAUAGGUAUUCUUGCCAGUCCUGUAUCUAAUUGGAUUUGUCAAAAUUCUGUCUCCCUAUGUUAGAUAGACACAAUGGUAAUAACAGGUUCCACCAGAGUUAGGGGUGCAAAAACAAGAUAGAAUUUUUGGGGCAGUGAGGAGGAAUCAGAAUCUCAGAUGACGUUUAGGGGAAAAAAAUUAAGAAACCCAUCAAAGGUGACAUGAAGUAAGGAGCAUGGAUUUUCUAGCUUUCCUCUCUUGGGAAUGGGAGAUGGGUGAUCUGAACCCAGCCAGGCCAACCCUCAGUCUCAGCAUUUAGUCCUUCCUAAAGUUCUCCUCCUCACCUGAUCUCUGACUUGUUAAUGGGGAAUAGAGGUUGGCCUAGUGUCCCUGGGGCCACGAGAUUGGCCCAGGCUAGACCAGACUAGAGAUGGUAGAGGGGGUUUCCAAGUACCUAGCUUGGUGUGGUGAGCACAGAUCAAAAAGCAUGGUGGGUUACACAAAGACCACGUUGGCACAAGAUGGGGAGGGACUGAAGAAAGAUUCAGUGGCUAAAUUUUGUGCCUCCCAGAAAGGAUCUUUUGCUCUGUGCCUUGAGGCACCCUGCCCCCCAGCCUUUUCUGCAAUCAGGAUUCUCAGGCUAGACCUCUUGUCAACAUCCUGACCCAAACCCUUCUAAGUACAAUGAAAUUCACCUUCAGCCCUGCUGCUUCUGCCAUCCCCUGGUCUUGUAGCUGAGAAUAGGCUCCAGCCAGGAGUGAUACACUGACUUGGUGGCUUCUUUCCCUUCUUCCCUGUGUGGAACUAACCAGCCCUCAGACUGAUCCCCAGGCCAAGGCAUUCCCUCAGUCAAAGAGCCAAAGAGAUUUGGGAGACUCUGGCUUUUAUGGGCCAGGGGGAGGCAGAACUUGGCCAGGCUGGACUGUGAUUGUAGCCUGUGCCUGACCUUCUAGAACUAUGUAAAGAGAACCUCAUUCAGACUCAGAGGACAGAAGCUUGUCUCAUUUGGAUAGCUCCGAGAGCCCCUGCCUUGUUCUGCCCCUGGACCUCUCCCAUGUGGGCCACCUACAGGGGCCAAACCUGGCCUGUUCUGCCUUGGGCACCAAGCAGCUCUGUCCUCUGGGAGAACAUUAACCCAACAGCUAGAGAGAUGGGGGAUGGGGCAGCUAGGUGGCGCAGUGGAUACAGCACCAGCCCUGGAUUCAGGAGGACCUGAGUUCAAAUCCGACCUCAGAUACUUGAUACUUACUGUGUGACCCAGGGCAAGUCACUUA